UGAUUUGUCUUCCCUUCACUCCCCCACCAUCUUCACAGCGCUGUGGCCAUGGGAGACGUUUCGACGCAGGCAUUCCAACUUCAGGCGGUCAAGUAUGUUCAGGUGGCGUCGUUGACCCUUCUGGUCCACGAUGCUAUUAUCUGCGUUGAUUCCGAGGUCCGCCUGAUCUGGUCAACGCCAUGGUCGGUGCCCAAAGUAUUAUACCUCGUCAGUCGUUACUCGCCUUUCCUCGAUACCCUGAUUGACAUCUAUGAUUACCUUGCUCCCCAUCCUUCGCCACACGUCUGCUAUAUCACAUACAGUGUAGGCAGCGUUCUUACAGCAGUCGGUGUCGCCAUUUCCGAAAUCAUCCUUUUUGUGCGAACUUGGGCACUCUGGGACCGCAACUCAAAGCUUCUGUACGCUUUCUCCGCACUCUGGAUUGCUGGAUUCACCGUUGUAUGCUGGGCAGUAGCGACAUUCGUCAAAUCUAUCGUCUUUGGCUAUCGUGCAGCGCCGUUGGAUCGUGUUGCGGGAUGUUUCAUGGCCGUCGUAGAUCCUACGGUGUUUCUAUGCUUUGUUACACUGCUGAUAGUCGAAUUGGUCUUGGUGUCAUUGACGGUAUGGAAGGGCGUCAAGCUCCUGCGACAAAGUCAUCUGAGCCCGCUCAUGAGGUCCUUCUAUCGAGAGAGCAUUCUUUUCUAUCUCGCUCUUUUUCCCUAACCGUCGGCAACGUUAUAAUCUUUUCCACCGCUCCAUCAGAUCUGCUUGACCUGCUUGAUACCCUCAUGCGCGUCAUGCACUCCAUCCUCUGCUGCCGUAUCCUCCUCCACCUCCGUUCCGCUGGCCACGAACAUCGUCGAAACAUCGCCUGGCGUCACGCAGGGUCAGGUUCCUCCUCGUCCAAUCCUUCUCAACAGCAAUCAUCACGCUCGGGGGAAGUAUCCCGCGAUAUCGCUUUCAAACGACUUGUGGCGGGAGAGACUUUGAAUAGUAUGGACGAGGGCGGCCAGGGUGUGGGUGGGGAGGGUAGAGAGAGCAGCGAUGGUGGCGGCGAUGGAGUUAAGAGGGGUACGGAUCGAAAGACGGCGUCUGUGAGAUGGGAGAAAGAGAAAAUAAAGUCAGACAGACCGAAGGCUACUCGGAGUGUGAAGAGAAUGUUUGGGUCCAAGAGUGGUGUGUUUGCUGCGUGUCACACGAAGGUGGGGUCGGGAGGUAGUCGGGUCAGUAUGCUGGCUGCACACCAAGCUGAGGAGAGCCAAGAGAGAGAGGACUCGGAGCAGGUCCUUGAUAUCAGAUCCGAUAACUACUAUCAAGCUCGCAAUGGCGUUGAUGACCCCUAUGAUCACGGAGUCGUAGAGGAGGAUCGGAGAGCGGAGUUAUAUCGUCAUAGGACAAAAUCUCUCAGAUCGCGGGAUUUGGAAAGGGGACUACUAGUAGAGGAGCAAGAGGUUUAUGAGAUGAAAAGGAUAGGGUGAAUGUGGGUUCUUUGAAUGGUCCAAUGUAGUGUGCUGCGUGUCUUCUACUGAUGAAUAUUUGGGAUGUAUUUCUUGGUAUUUCUGGCAUAAUUUGUUUGUAGGUUUAACCUUUUGUCUUCAUCA